AUGUACAUGCUCGAGGCAUUAGAAUUGUGCAAAGAAAAAAGAAAUCGACUUUUCCGCCCUUACAAGGUAGGAACCCUUAACGCGACAACGAUUGAUCCGCCAGGCGUGUCGGCGUACGAGGAGGGUCUGCGGAUGCGUCGGCGACGGCUGCGCGAUCUCCUGCUGGACGAACAGUCGGAUCUGUCGUGGCAGCUCACGGAGGGGGCGCGACGCACCGAGGUCGCUCGGGCCGAGGAGGCGCGCGCGGCCGCGGAGGAGCUGCGGGAUCGACGGGAGCGCGAGCGAAGCGCAUACGUCGCUGCGAAACGGCAGCAACAGUGCUCGGCCUCGUGUCAGGUUGCUCGCGAGGAGUACUCGAAGGGAUGCGCGAUCAACGCGAAGCUAAGCAAUAUCGCGCAAAUCGCGGACAACGAGGCGAGGAAAUCGGCGGCGAGGGAACUGGAGGCGCUGUGGCGGCGAGCGACGCAGCGCCGACUCGAGACGGAGAUGCUGCAGGAGAUGCGAGAUUCGGCGAGGCGAACGUCAAUGCGCCUUGAAUUGGCCCGCGCUUUGGCCGAACAAGUGGCCGAGAAGUCGGCUGUGCAGGAGGAAGAAAAGCGGAAGCUCCGGCAGAGCGAGCUCGAGCGGUCGGAGCGGCUGUGCGAGGAAUCGCGUCUCGCGGACUCGCGGGAUCUCCAGCUGCGCCGGCAACGGCAGCGGGAGCUGAAGAGGGAGCUUGAGGAGGGGAUGCUGGCCGCGCGGCAGCAGCGGGAGGAGCGCGCUCGCGAAGAAGCCGCGGCGGAACGUGCCGAGAGGGCGAUGUUCGAGGAGAGAUCGACGAGGAACGUCGGGAGCCUUCGGACGGAGUCAACGGCGUACGUCGGGUACCUGGAGGACCUUCGGCGGGACGAGGUAAAACGGGAGCGCGAGUUAGAGGCCGUCGUCGAGUGUUUGCGCGCGGACGCCGAGGCUAGACGCGAGCUCGCGCGCAGGGAACUCGAGGAGGCCCGCGAACGCGGCCUGCGGAAGGUCCUCCACGCUCGCGAGGAACAGGUGAGGGCCCGGCGGGACGCGCAGGCGACGGAACGGCGGCUGAAGGCGGAGGAGAGGGAGGCGCUCGAGAGGCAGAUCGAGAGCGACGCCAAGUUGAUCGCGACGGAGAAGAGAGAGAGCGAACAAAAGGCGUAUCGUUACGGGCUGGAGCUGAAGGAGCAGCAACGGCGUCUCGUGAAAGCGGAGGAGGCCGAGAGGGAGGCGGGUUGA